AUGUCUGAAGAACGCUCCAAGAUAUCGCUGCGCAGCGGGAAGAGGAAGGGCAGGCCGUCCAUCAAGAUCUCCGGACCUAUCUUGCAAGAAGAUGCCGGCGCGCGAGGUCCCUCGGGACGGCCCCCCGCGGCGAAUGUUCCCCCGCCUCGUCCGCGACCCCCACCGCAGAGUAGUGCGACGACCUCUGACCUCGUCAAACGACGAUACUCAUCGCGUUUUAACAACAUUCCGGCCGAUUUCGAUCCGACCGCAAACCCGAUGCCCGCACUUCCCAGCCUCGAUCAGUAUGUGAAUUCCCAGGCCCAAGAUCGCCGACCCCCGCCGUCAAGAGGAGGGCGGAGCGAAGGCGGAGGCGGAGGAGCUGGGCUCCACGUAGACGUGCGAGCCCUUCGGAAUCCGGAUCUCGUACCGGACCAGUAUGUCGCCGAGAUCCUGAGCGAGGCCACCGAGGACGAGGUCCGUGACUACGAACUAGCUCUGCGGAAGCUAAAACGCCGAGCAUCGACCGAUCUCCAACAAAACGUGUAUCAAAACCGCACGCAGUUUAUCAAGAUCAGCAAGGAGGCUGAGAAGCUCAAGAGCGAGAUGCGCACGCUGCGAAAUUUAAUGGCGGAGCUCAAGACCAACACCACCGCUCUACGGUCAGGCUCAAACAGUAUGGACGACGCCGGGUUCGGUGGUCAGAUAGGCACGGGUCUGAGCCGGAGGGACAAGAGAAGCUCCGUUGCCGAUAGGACCGCGCUUUGGAGCUCUCAAAUGCAGGCCCUGUACAAGAGCGUCGAGGGCUCCCAGAAGUUUCUCCCAAACACCACAGGACGUCAUGUGGUCCAGAACGCAGGGCCUUGGAUCGAGUUGGAUAAUGCCACGUACAGAUCGCGCCGCGCCAUGCAGAUCUUUCUGCUUAAUGACCACCUUCUCAUCGCUUCGCGGAAGAAGCGAAAGACGGAUGCGCCGUCUGCCGCGGAUAGCCGCGCGCCCAUGACCAAACUUGUGGCCGACCGGUGUUGGCAUCUGCUGGACGUGGAGGUGGUGGAUAUGGCUGGACCCAGCGACUCCUCUAGCGGAAGGAACAAGCUCGCCGACGCGAUCAUGGUCCGGGGCGGUGGUCAGAACGAAUCCUUCAUUUAUCGAACCGAAAAACCGGCGGAUCCGGAUAAGGGAGCUCUUAUGCUCAACAUCCGGAAGCGAGUGGAGGAGCUGCGGCGGAACCUACAAUCCGAGAGGGAGGCUACCAACAAGGCCAAGGAAACCAUCAACUACUUUGCCUCCCGUGACCCCGGGUUGCUGCAGAAGACGGAAUUGCUCGAGACCCUGUCCGAUAUCAAAGACAUGCUGAUCGAGGUGGACGGCAAGCAGCAGAACCUUCGAUGGGUUGAAAGCCAGAUGGACGAGCUUGACAUCCACAUCGCCCUCCAGCAGAUCGAGCCCUCUGUGGCUCUGAUUGAGAAGUUGAAGAGUCUCGCAUAUGGCUUGAAGAAUAAUGUCAUCGCGCAAGACUUCAUCUCGUUCAAGGUCGAUGAGAGACGGGCAAAGCUGGCGGCGUUGGCUGUUCGAGAGCUGGUCGGCACACACAGUCAGCCGAAGAAGACGAAGCAGAAUGUGUCCUGGCUCACCCGGCUAGGCUUUGAGGACCGGGCGCGUGAAGCAUACUUGGAAGCGCGUAGUGAGACGAUCCGAAAGCGGUCUAGACAAUGCAUCUUCCAUGGCAACUUGGACCAGUACAUCUGGGAACUCUCCUUCGUCUACUUCACCAUCAUCCGCAACACGGUCACCUGCUUCCAGGCGUGCUUCCCACCGCCCAUGAUGAGCGCCUGCGUCAAGUGGGCCAAGGAGGAGGUCGACACGUUCAACGCCAUCCUGGCUCGGCAGUUGAGCGGCGAGAAGGAAGGGGGCGAGGCGUGGACGCGGUGCAUGGACACGGCCAAGGACCAUGCCGGCAUGCUCUCGGAGGUGGGCCUGGACUUCCGAACCUUGGUCGGCCAAAAUGUCAAGGCCGCGACAGAUGCCUCGGCAUCGAGUGCGCCAGCGGGAUUAGGGCUGAUCAUGGGAGCGCAGGCAGCGGCUUGA